UUUUAUUUCUUCCAGAUGGAGGAGGAAUAUAUCGACUCGCAUCAUCGACAGAGAUGCCAGAUAUUCAAACAUUGGCGCCAAAGUGGCCCCCUCCAAAAUACAGAACAUUCUGGCCUACAUUGGCUCCUAUAUUACCGAAUCACGCUCUUAUGACACCCCAAUCUAUUGAUCCAACUGUGCCACCAUUAAUAACUACACCAAAACCAAUUUCAAAUUCAGAAAGAGGCAGUAGAAAACAAAUUAUAACAACUGUUUUCAGGGAAAGAUCAGAUCUAAAUGAAAAUGUAAACAUGUCUUCGUCAUCAUCAUCAUCGUCAUCGUCGUCAACUAUUUUGUCUCAUGAAACGUUAACCUCAUCAUCAAACAUUGUCAUAGAUAAACCUGUACAUACGGAUGAAAAUUCAAAAGGAACUCAAAGUGAUUUGUCACAAACUAUUUCAAUACAAGUUCCGAAUGAAUCUAGAGAAACAAUACCAUCUAUUUCAUCAGACCAUAUGACUUUAAAUAUAGCAAAAGGGGUUUCCGAAAAUUUUCAAAAAGAAUAUAUGUCCAUUGCAACGACCAAUCAAAAAUCAGAAAAUCAAGAAAAUGCAAGUGUUAUUAAAGACACAGAAUUAACUGCAAAGACCGAUGAAAGAUAUCCCGUUGACGCACAAUCUCAAUCUGCAACAGCUAUACCUGAUACCGCUCCAACAGUAAGCAGUGGCAUCAAGUAUAAUGUUACUGAUCGGGAUCUCAAACAAAUGAUAAACAAAGAAAUUAUGAGUGUAAAUUCCCGUUCAAAUCGCAACCAGGCACCAGAGUUUGACAGAACUGAUGGUGGUCAAUUCGAUUCAAAUAAUACUGAGCCAUUUGUCCUUAACAAUAUAACAGAAUCUAUUCAACUUACUUCUGGAAAAACUUCUUCCCAAAUUGAUUUAAAUGACAACUUUGUUAUCCCUGAUAACCAAGGACCGGAUUUAUCGAGAGGCAUUAAAUUUAUUGAGAAAAUCAAGAUAACAGAACAAAAUGGAUUUGGCAAAUCAUUUAAUUCUUCAAACACUAUAGACAAUGUAGUCAAUCAAACUGUAUCAGAAACAUCAGUAACAGGUUUUGAUAAUGUAUUGGAUAAUACUACUAAUUUAGUUGUGGAAGUGCAGUCUUUUGCUACUGAUCAUCGAAAUAAUACGGAAGUAAAAUCUUCCGACUCCUUUGAUGCACAUAACACAAGUAUUAGUAUGUCAGUUACAAACACUAGCGGUACAACAUCAGAGACAAUUGAUUCUGGUGUAAGUAAAAAAGGGCAUCUUAUUAUAGAAGGCAUUGUACCACCCCAAGAGAGUGUAAAUGCAAUAAAUGUAGGGUCAACAGUGACUGUUUUCUCAGAUCAAAGAAAAACUUUUGGUCGUGUAGCUCUCGACACUAAUUUGAUAAAACCUGCCACUUUGCCUUCUUCGCCUUCGGAUUUUGUGACUAUUAAAACAGUUAAUGAUGAUUCAUCACACAGAUCAAACAUUGAUUUAUCUGAUCUUUCACGUACCAUGUCAACAACAAUGCCACCAAUUAUCCCUUUUCAACAGGAGGAACAUGUUCUUCCAGCUAACAUAAGUUUUAUCUCUGACAGCAUUCUACAAGGAAUUACUUCUAGGCCAAACGGGAAUAUUGAUUCUGAUUUGAACGAUAACAACCAAACUAAUAUGCAUACCAGUUUACACAAUUCCACUAUGACAUGGGAGUCUAAUAGUAAAUCAUCAACUGAUAAUACAAUGUCCCAAGAAGUUACAUUUUCUCAUGGAAUACCUGUAGAUCAAUUGGCAAACCAAACUGAUCUGCAAACCAGUUUACAAAAUUCUAAAACUAUGACAUGGGAGUCUAAUGGCAAAACAUUAACUGAUAACACUAUAUCACAGAAAGUUGCAAUUCCGUAUGGAAUACCCGUAGACCCAGUGGAAUCAAUGCCAGUUGUAACGUCAAUGGCUAACGAUUCAACGUAUAGUGCAACUGAUAAUUCAUUUAACGACACUUUUAUUUUAAAUUCCAAUGUUCGAGAUAGUACAUUGUUGAACAAGGAAACAAUUAAAAUGUCCAGCAAAACAAACAUUGGUCUCAAGUCUGAUAGGUCAAUUGAUACAACAAUAAUUUUUAACAGCAACGUGUCUGAAUCAGCAGUUAUUGACCAAACUCAAUCUGAAACACAAAAAGGCCAAAUCGUCAUGUUACCUGCUAUUGAGGUAAAAUCGGAAAUGUCUGCUGUAGAUUCGUCGGUUCAAAAAGAUGUAAUAGUCUCUUCAGACAGAUCGGUAAACAGUAGAGGCCAGCAAACUAUUGAUAAUGCAAUCAUUAAAUCAUCCGGGUCUCAAAAUUUUGGUACUGUAUUGCCAGACAUUGAAGUUGCAAAGAAUAUCGACAAUUACCGCCAAUUGAACAUAGACUCUCCGAGUGGCACAAGAGGCACUGUAGAAAAAUCAAAUGAUGAAUUAUCUGUUAGGACUAUGUCGUCAACUGGUAAUACCCGCAGUGACAUGUUUGCUAAUGAGGAAUUAAUACUUGAUGAUAGUCAAUCAAAAUCGGUAUCAAAUAGCGAACUCGUCAGCGUUAACAACCAGGCAAUACCUAUUAGCCCGGAUGUUAUUAAUAGUGUUGUGAAAUUACAAUCAGAAUUAAUCGGCGAGACAAUUGAAACGUCCAAGGUUACUUCUAGUCCUUUGAUGCCAAAUGCAGCUAAUAAUGUAAUCGGUCAAACCUCAGGUACUGAUGUAAAAACGGUCACUUCCAAGACAAUUGCACUUACAUCCGGAAAUGGAAAUGAAGCUGACACGUCAGGAAAUGUUGCAACAGAUGCUACAGAAAACAAUAGGAAAAAUCAAAGAUCAUCAGAUAGUCUUGUUGCUACAUCUAAUGUUGUCAAAACCAAACAAUCAGAAUCAGCGUCUUCGGGAUUAGUUUCUGAUGUAAAUAUUGGCAACGUUGACACAAUUUCGGAACGAAAUAGUGGCACAAUGAUCAAAGCAAUAGACAUAAAUAAGCCUCAUAUCGAAAACAAUGCGCAGAUAUUUGAUGCAUCGUCCAAGGUACCUAGUGACUCUAUAAGUAUGAUAACACAUAGCUCAUCAAUAUCUGAUAACAGUAUGCCAGUCAUACCGACCAAUGUGUUACUUGGAAAUAACGAAUCUGUAGUUGCAUCAAAUACUAUUGGAGUUGUUGAUAGUAUUGGAAAUGAUACUGCUGACAUGAACUAUACUUUAACAAAUAGCUUAUUCAGUAUAGAUUCAAAUUCAUCUGAUCAACUGGUCAAAGCUACUGUAGACAAUUCAAUGAAUAUAAAUGCAUCGACUUUAUACUUGAGCGGUUCAACUCUAGAUAUAGGUACAAAUAAGAAAACCGACUUUAACUUUUCUAUUUCUACAGAUGCGUUAUUUGUAGACGUUAACAAAACUUCAUCCGACCAAUUAUUGACAUUUGAUGCAGGAAUGAUGGAUCAAAUCCAACAGCAACAGACGACAACACGUGGACCGUCUGGCGGAUUGGCAGAAAACUUAGCUGUCAUGUCGAUUGUUGGAGGUGAAUUAGGCGAAGGGUUAGGUGAGGCAGUUGGGAUGGGUCAGCUUGGAGGCGAAGGGUUAGGUGAGGCAGUUGGGAUUGGUCAGCUUGGUGGCGAAAUGGGCGAAGGUUUAAGUGAGGGAUUGAUUGCAGGAAGCUUGAUAGCAGCAGCAGCCGGUGAUUCGUCUAAUACUCUAUCAAUGACAACAACAGGACUGGAUACAACAUAUUCCGACACUGCAUUGGAUCAAUAUAGGAACAUCUCUACGUAUAAUUCAAGCAUUCUUAAUGACAUGAUUUCUUUGUAUAAUGAUUCGAACUACUCGAUUUCAAAUAUUACAGAUUUGACAUUUGAUGGAAAUAAUAACACAGACAUUAUUUUGUUACAGAAUGAGACAGUCGCCUUAUCAGAAAAUAAUAGUUUUAUUGAUGACGAAGCAAAAAACAUUUCACAGAUUUUUAAUCAAUUAAAUAUGUCAACAAACCACGAUUCUAGGAUGAUUGUUUCUAGAAACAUGGAAAUUUCGAAUUCAUCGUCUUUGUUUGAUAUAAAUAAAACUGUUUCGAAUAUUAGAAACGAGGUGACAGGUUAUUCAGUUCUGUCAGAUUCGGCUGUACGUAAAAACGGUACUAAAACGGAUACAAAACAAAUUAUUAAUAAGUAUGGCGUCAUUGCGAGUGAUGUAGAUAAUAUAACUGAUUAUCUGAAGAAUGAAACAAAAAAAUCAAACGCACCGAAAGAACAGAAAGAAAAGAUCAGACUAGCAUAUGGUAAAAAGAUGGGUAUUGCAAAAUUUUCUUUUCAGAAAGAAACAAGUAAACAAUUUGACAACUACAACUCAACAAAUCGAUUUAAUGAUUCAACUUAUGAUGAGCUUACGAACCAAACAUCUGUCUCAUUAGCCAAUGUUGAGGUACCAGUUACUAAAGUAACACACUUAAGAGAAAUUCGCAAUGCACCUUUAGUAAGUGGAAAUGAUGUUCAACAUACUGAGAAUAUCAUGUAUGACGAUGUGUCACAAGUAGUGUCAUUGGCUAGUAAUAUAAAAACGCCGAAUGAUAAGUCAACAUCUGAAAGCCCAAAAAACAAAGAUACAUCUGCUAUUAUAGUUGAAUUGGCUACUAAUGAAAAAACGGGGAUUGAAAAACCAAUAACUGAAAGCCCAAUAAACAAAGAUACAUCUACAAAUGUAGUUGAAUUGGCUACUAAUGUAAAAACGCGGAAUGAAAAGUCAACCACUGAAAACCCAAUAAACAAAGAUACAUCUACUACGGCACAAAUGGCUGUAAUGACACAAAACGAUGAUGUGAAAGUGAAUGAAACAAAUAAUAGUAAAGCUGUUGAUAUUUCUCAUAACUUUACUAACAGGGAGCAGAAUGUAACAUUACCAGAUACUGUUUCAAUUCAAACCGAUUCAAGUUCAAUCCCUGACACCACAUCUUCUUUACGAUUAAAAACUGAUAAAGAUAUAGAAAAAAUAGCAAGAGCUACAACGGAAUUAGAAUUUCUGAAUCGAAUGGAAAAGAUGUUGCGAUUUUUAUCAAAAUAUAUCGACAGUGUGCAUUAUUAUUUUUACGGUAUACCCGUACCGGAUAAAGAAUUUUCAACAACUACCGAAAUGCCUGCUCUAACUGAUCCAGAUUUAUCAACAACAUUAAUUUUUGAACCAAUAGAACCAACUGUACAAAGUAUACAGUUGGUCAAAACAAAAAAUGCUUCGGAUUUGCUAAACGAUUCAACUACGGAAUCAAAGGCAAAUAAGAACGUUUUAGGCCAAGUCAUUGUUCAAGACAAUUCAAACCAACAGUUUAGGUCAGUGGACACAAAAAAGGUUAAAAAAUUUAAAGUAGAAACUUCGGACAGCCAGAAAAUAAAUGAAGAGCCAAAUAAAAAGUCAUUAGAAAAUUCAGUAUUAAUUCCAAAAAAUACAAAUGAAGUUGAUAAAGUUAUCAGUAGAAACACAACAGAAGAACAAGUUAUAAUUAAAUCUUCUGCAAAAGCCAAUAUAUCAGUAGAGGAAGUAAAAAGUUCAAUACGAGAUGUUUUGCCAAUUGAAUCGUCAUUAAUGUAUAAUGCUUCCAUAGACAUGGCUAACACAGACUUGCUGGAAAGUAGAAAGACGUUAGAUCGAACAUUACCAACACCCGCUGCUCUGCCCGAAAAUGAGACAAUGUUUAUUGAGCAAGAUACAAAUGGAACAGUGAUUGCAUAUUUGCCCCUGAAUACGACGGUAUCAUCAACACAUGAAACAACAACUGAAAUUCCUAGAGCGGAAGAACUGCUUACGACAAAAAUAACCGAAAAAACUACUGUCAUUCCUAGAGAAAUAGAACUGUUAACGACAAAAAUAACCGAAAAAACCACUGUCAUUCCUAGAGAAAUAGAACUGUUAACGACCAAAAUAACCGAAACAACUACUGAGAUUCCUAGAGAAAUAGAACUGUUAACGACAAAAAUAACCGAAACAUCCACUGGAAUUCCUAGAGAAAUAGAACUGUUAACGAAAAAAAUAACCGAAACAUCCACUGGAAUUCCUAGAGAAAUAGAAUUGUUAACGACAAAAAUAGCAGAAACAACCACGCAAACUGUUGAUUUCGUAUCACUUAAAGUAAAUACAACAUCACACAGUAAUGUUACUGGAAGUAUAUAUAACAAUACAAGAAAUGACAUUAACGAUUCGUCAGUUUCAUUAAGUACAGACAAUAUUGCAGUUUCAGAGAGUAUUAAGUCAAUAAAACUACCUAAUGAUACGUUGAUUUCAUUACAUACGGACAAUGUUGUAGUUUCGGAGAGCAUUAAGUCAAUAAAAAGAACUAAAAUUCCUGUAUUUUCGUUAAAGGAGACAAAAUUAAUGGGUACACAAACUUUAAUCUCUGGAAGCAACACAGGAAGUGGUCGAAAACUAAUUACAGACUAUAUCACGGAGCCAGAAAUGAAUGUGACUGAAACAAUGACAGAUGCAAUUAUUGCAUACAACACAACGGAAUACUCGAGAGCGCCAACAAUUGUUAUGGAAACAACGGACGUGCCAAUAACAAGUGCUUUGCAUACAAGUAAAAGUAUUGAUGUAGUUGCAGAAACAAAUUACGUAGAACCAAUAAUCAGUACUGGAAAACCUUUCGUCAAUAUCGUACAACCAAAAAUUAAACCACCAUCCUGGCUUUAUGAUGUUGAUACAAAACCAACACCUUUAGCAAGGGCACCGACCAAUAAUGUUAUGGAUAUUGUAAUGAGAGCUUCAUCGCCUAAUCAAAAAAGAAAAUCUAAUCAAAACAAUAACAGACGAUUCCAAGGUAUCGAUGUUGCUGGCAUGGGUAGUCAAAUGAUCAGAGAUGUUCAGCCACAACAAUCAUCACAGUCCAACAACGGAAUGCAAGGAUUUGUUGGAUCCUUAUCAGCUGAACAGAGAAACGCUUUAUUAGCUAUGUUAGGAGCACCACCAGCGACAACAACACCACAACCAACACAACCACCAGCUCCGACGCCAGAUAUGAGUGCUCUGAAAAUGAAAAUGAUGCAAAGCUUACUGACAGCAGCCAUGGGUCAAGGUGGAGGAGGAAUGGGAAAUAUGGGCGGUAUGAAUGGAAUGAAUGGCAUGGGAGGUAUGGGCGGUAUGGGCGGCAUGGGCGGUAUGGGAGGAAUGGACAUGGCUGCACUCAUGGAGAUGAUGGGUGGAGGAUCAACAGAUCCUGGAGGUAACAUGGCAUUAAUGACACAGCUAAUGGCUCCCAUGAUGAAUGAGAACAUGGCUGAACAAAAGGAACAAAUGACAAGUACUAGAUUUGGUGGAAGAAUGGGAAGUGCAGGUCUUGGUGGAAGAGGAAGAGGUUUUGGACGUGGGGGACGUGGAGGUGGAGGCGGAGGCGGAGGCGGAGGCAGAGGUGGACUCGGAGGUGGACUCACAGGAGAAAAUUCCCAAAGAGAUCCAAUGAUGCAAAGAAUGUUACUCGAGAGACAGCUGAGAAGCCAGAGACCUGGUUACGACCCUGGAGAAGGACCAGAAGCUAGUGAUAAUUUGUUUUCAGGAUUAUUGAUGGCUGCAAUGAUGGGUCAAGCAGGUGGAGCAGGUAUGGGCGGAGGCGGCGGCGGCGGUGGUAAUGAAAUGUCAAAUCUGAUGUCGGCGAUGUCUGGAAUGGGCGGAGGUAUGGGCGGCGGUGGCGGUAUGGGAGGAGGAGGUGGCAUGAGCGACAUGGCUUCCUUAAUGGCCGCUAUGAGUGGCGGAGGAGGCGGAGGAGGUGGAGGAGGUGGAACUGGUCAAAUGAGCCCAAUGGACAUGAUGAAUCUAAUGAAUGCAAUGGAAAACACAGGCAGCGGUGGAAAUAGUAAAAAUUCUUCUACAGAAGCAACUGGAAGCGCUGUAGGAGGAGCUGACGCCGGUUUUGAUAUGGCUUCGUUUUUAGCAAAUGGUGCAGGGAUGGGAGGCGCUGGUGGAAUGGGAAGUGGUAUGGGAGGAAGUGGUAUGGGAAGUAUGGAGAUGCAGAUGAUGGCAGCAUUAAUGGGCGGUGGAGCAGAACCUCCAGAUACACCAGUUCGAGGAGGUUUGCAAAGACGAGGAAUGAUGGGUGGUAGAAGAGGGAUGGGCCUAUUUGGUUUGAAAAAGAGGAGUGCAGGCCGUGGACCAAAUCCUUGGCAUCGGCAAACUCAAGGUCACAGAAGAUCACCACCAGCAUCUCGAAUGCCCAACAAGAAACCAUCAAUGCCAACCAAUAACAAUGCAGCAAUGGGAUCACAAGUUAUUCCUGAUUGGUUACUGAAGAAAUUAUUGAUGAAUGAUCCUAGUCCUCCAAAUAGACAAAGAAAAUCAGUGUCAACACCAGCACCGCCAGUACCACCACCAACAGCCCUUCCUACAGUGUCAGCAUUUGACGCCUUUUCGAAAUCGGCUGCCUCACACUCAGGUGGUAGUAAGUUUACUUUCCAAAGCACCGGCACAGGUACUAGUACUGGGUUGACAGGAGUGCCUGGCACAGGACUGACUGGCGCAGGAUUGACGGGCGCAGGAUUGACUGGUACAGGAACUGAUGCAUCCGCCCUGGGUGGCAUGGGUGGCAUGGGUGGCAUGGGUGGCAUGGCUGGAAUGAUGUCUCCAGGCUUAGCGCUUGCACAAGCAAAUCCAAUAUCCAGUAAUAUGACUCCACUUCAAAUAGAAACCAUGUUUACAGCAAUAGGAAUGAUUCCUGACCAAAUACGUGAUAUAAGCGGCGGAGUUCAUGGAUUAGCAACAAUGUUACCAGAAGAUAUUAAAAUAAGAGCAAUCCAAAUGAGAGCAAUGGGUUCAACACCUGAUCAAAUAGCCGACAUAUUAGGAGACGUUAUGCAAGCAAGACGGGCUAGAAUGAUGCCGAUGGUAGGCUGAUUCUGGAGAAAACCAACAUACUUAAGAUAAUCUAUGAUAUAAUUAAAUUGAAAUUAAGAACUUAAAAGAACUAGUACUUAAUGUGUGACAAUAUCAAUCUCAAGUUUUAUACAUAUUAAUAUUUAUUUUGCAUCUUUCAGGUCAUUUUCGUAAUACAAUUAUUCUUUUAUAGAUAUCCCCUAAGUCAUUGACAUUUAAAUAAUGAAUUGAUUGUUGAAUGAUAUGUUGUUCAUAUUUUAUUUUCGUUAUACAUAUAUAAAAGUUAAACCUUUUUUUAACUGAGCUAUGUCUAGAAAGUUGAGUCAUGAUGCUUGACAAAAAGAGUACAAAUACAAGCAAAUGAAACAGAUUUUUAUUCUGUUGCGUAUUAAAUACAAAAAAUAAGAGAAUGUAAGGUUUACAAAUCUCUUCAACAGUUUUCGUGUAAAAUGCAAAAUUGCUAUUGUUUUCUCUUAUCAUACACUACGGAAAAAUUAUGUCUGUUUUUUUGUAACAGAUUUGUGAAAUAAUGUACCAAAUGAUUGUGAUGAUAGUCUUUUUAGUAUAAUUUGAUGUAACAUGUUCGUUGUUGUGGUCAAUUAUCAUUUAUUUAUAACUGGACACACACUGUUAUGACGAAUAAAGUAUUUGUCUCUA